GCUCGUGGCACAUUAGCUAAGCCCUCAUCAAUCACAAACGUCCCAGCGCCUCCCCCGCUCCCUCCGUCCCAUGUCUCUCACUCACCUGGGUUCAACGACACAUUCAUAGUUAGCGAUUUGGUGUUGAUGUUGACAUUGGCCGAGUCCUUCUGCUCACCCUUCGCCGCCUCCGUCUCUGUUGGCUCAUUCCCCUUCUCCUUUUUGCUGUCCUCGGGGGUGGUCUCGCUCUCUUUGCUGACGACCUCUUGCUUCUUGCCGGCUGCGGUGCCCUCCAUGUCUUGCUUGUCUGGUUCUUCCUUGUUCACGACUGCCGUCCCUUUGUUUGUUUGCUGUUGCUCAGUCGCCUCCUUCGUCUUUUCCUCUUCCUUCUUCUCAAUGUCCUUGCUGGGCGCUGCAGAGGCUGGCGGUGUCUCGGCAGUGCCCUCUAUGGUCACGGUCUGGCUGGGCGUCUCAUUCUCUUUCGUCUCUGUUGGUUUCUCUUGCGUCUGUGGAGUCGCUGGCUGAGUCUCCUCCGUCUCCUUGGCCUGGCCAUUCGCCUCCGUGGAUUUACUCUGGUCUGCAUUCUCCGCUUCUGGCUUCGUCUCGCUCUCUUUGUUGACCUCCUCCGUGUUGCUUACUGUCUCAGCUGUGGUGCCCUUCUUGUCUUGAUCUUCCGUCUUGCCGGCUGCCGUGUUUUUGUCGGGUGGCUCUUGCUCAGUCGCCUCCUUUGCCGUGUCUUUGUCCGCAUCGGACUCCGUGGACGAUGCAGGCUUGGCAUCACCUCCAUCAUUUUCUUCUGAUACGGUGACCUUCUCCUGGUCCGCCACCUCUUCCUUGGCCUUCUUAGAGCCGCCUCCCAGGCUGUCCUCGUCCCAUGUCAUCGGCUCCUCACCGGGAGAAAGGCCCCAUCCGCCCCCUUCUGGAGAGGCCGCUGGCCGCUCGCGCAUCUCUGGUGUCUCCCCCUGAAGGGAGAUCUGGCUCCCCUGACCUGAUUGAGCGGGUAAAGGGGGGACAAGAAGGGCUGUCUGUCUGAUGGGCGAUUGUGAACCAUUGCACUUGGCACUUACAUUUGUGGUCGCGGCACCAGGACGCGCAGCACUCCUACAACAAAUAAAAGGUGAGAAAUUAGAACAUACACAAGUUUCUUUUUUGAGAGGGUUUUGUUAUCACCCAGUUUUCGUCGCAGUGAGCGUGGUUCCUGCGGCAGUCUGUGCCUUCGGUGCUGCCUGCGACAGAACCAGCACUCUAUGACGGCCGUAACGAUGGACCUGCUGCACAGAGCUUACAUUUUCCGUUGACGCAUUUGAAGCCUCCACACUCUUGUUCGACAUUGUGGCCAUCACACGGGUCGCCCAGCGCACCUGUGCAUGUUGAUGUCGGAAUGUGGACGGUCCGGCUGCAGCACACAGGGCUGCUGUCCCGUGUGGCCUGCUCGCCGCCCUCCUUGCACGCUGCAUGCCGUGAGUAACAAACAACAGUGAAGUGAACAUGUGAGCCGCGUGUGUGGGCGGUCUCUUACCCUUCCAUCGUUCGCAGGAGCCGUCCGAUCUGUACUCUUCGCACACCUUCCUGUUUGCAAUCGUCGGAAGGGUCAGCAUAAGCCACACGAGGAAGACCACGACCAUG